AUGGAAAAGCUUGAACAAUUCAAAAAUAUUGACCCUGUAAUAGUGAAUGAAGUAGAUGAGUUACAUUGUAAACUUAUGCCUUCAGCAGAAAAUAUAGAAGGGUCCGGACCCAAGAAGAUGGAUAAUACAUUAGUAAUCAAAUUUAUCGAAAAACUUAACCUUACGAAAAUUUUUCCACCAGAGUAUUCAGCGAAUAAAAUAAUGGUCAAAGAUUUGAAUAAAGAAGGACUACCCAGAAGGUCGAUGAACUGCUUUUUUGUCUUUAGGCAUGUCGUUUAUCUUGAAGUAUUGGAACAAGGUCUCAUAGAGGAAGUAAAAGAUGGAGUAUUUUUUACACAAGUCGUUAGUGAAAUGUGGAAAAAAUUGGGGGAGGAAGAUCGUGAAAAAUACAAGAAGCUCGCCACAGAAGUUAAAAAUCUGCAAAAUGAAUACCAUAAAGAUAAAAUCUAUUGUAAAAACAAGCCAGCUGGUUCGAUUUUCGUUGGUAUGCAUGACGGCAACUUUCGAGAUACAGAACAACGGGGGAAUUAUUAUUUAAUCGGUAUUAUUAAUGGAAGCCCUUAUUUAGAACUUAGUAUAACAUUAGGAGGCGAUGUAGCUUGUGAUGGCAAACAUCCUUUUGGAUGGGCACAAGUCCUACAGUGGUCAAAUUUUGUUACGAAAGAAAUGAUUCAUAUCACAGUCCUUGAGGACAGAACUAUGCAUAGAAAAGAGAAAUCGUGCAAUAAUUUCAGCCUACGUUAUUUAAAUGAUAUGUUUACAGCAAAAUUAAGUUUUUUAACCUAA